UUCUUUUGAUUUAAUUGAUAACGAAAAUAAUUAUAACAAAAAAAAUGAUAAUGAAAAUAAUGACAAUAAUAAAGGUGACGACAAUAAUGAAGAUAAUAAUAGCGAUAAUAAUGAUAAUGUAACAAUUGAUAAUGUAACGGUUGAUAAUGUUCAAGAUAUAAAUAAAGAUAAAAAAAUUGACGAAAUUGACGCUCGUGCAUUUAAAUCACAAUUUGAUGGUAGAAAUACUUUACCUGGUACACCUUUAAGUUAUGAUUUAUUUGAAUUGGAUGAAUAUUUACCUUCACAAUUUGGAUCAUCUUAUGGUAUUCUUGAUGAAA